AUGCCGUCCAACUUGCGCCGGCUAGCUGCCGACCAUGCUGCCUUACAGCGCGAUCUUCCGCCAUACUACUUGCAGCCAUCGGAUGGUGAUGAUAUGUCACAGCUGACGGUUCUUCUCACGGGCCCGGCGGGCACACCUUUUUCACAAGGAUUAUGGGAACUCCAUCUCAAGAUGCCCGAUGACUAUCCCAAGAGCCCGCCGAAGGCUACAUUUAAGACGAGGAUAUGGCAUCCAAACAUGGAGGAGCUCACUGGAUCUGUCUGUGUGGAUACACUCAAGCGGGAUUGGCAGCCCAAUCUAACCCUUCGCGAUGUGUUGGUGACAAUCUCAUGUCUGCUUAUCUACCCCAACCCAGAUUCUGCCCUCAACGCCUCCGCAGGCGCUCUCAUGCAAGAGAACUAUGCCGCCUUCGCACACCAAGCCAAGCUCAUGACCUCAAUCCACGCUCCCAUCCCACCCAACCUCAAGGACGCAGUGACCGAAGCAAAACUCCGGGGCGAGGAUCCAGGAAAUGUAAUCGAGCAGAAAGAAGAAGACGCAAUGAUUAAACGCCCGCGAAAACAAGCCCGCACCCACACCGCCACAGUCAAAAAACUUGCUCGCAACGCCAAUGCAUCCGAACAGCCGUCACAGUCUUCAUAUCCUUCACAAUCCUCCUCAAACCCUUUCGCUCAACCCUCCCCGCCGGUGACAGACGACGCCAUGAGCGACAGUGAAAACGACGACCCCGCUAGCGCAAGCAAAGAAAACAACCCAAUCCUUUCCCCCUCUCCUGUCUAUCUUCCUCCCCCAAGUCCCCGCAAAACUGCCUUAGGAAAACGCCCCCUCUCCGUUCUCUCAAUAUCCUACCCCGAAGACUCUGAUGCAGACAUGAUGCUCAUUGACUCCGACAACGACAACGAUACUCCCGCCAUGACCUCCAAUGAACGAAACAUCACCGCAAAUACACAUUCCCGUACCUCUUCACCGCUACGGAAAACACCUAAGCUCUCCCUACUCUGUGGAGGAGUCAACGCCUCCGGCCGCCUCCGCGAUGAGAUGCCAAUCUUCGAGGAUCUGCCCCAGCUGCCUAUGCAAGACCCUCUCCGUCGGCUGAGCGGGGAUGGCAAAGAGAACCGUGGAUCUGCAACCGCGCGCAGUUUGAAAGAGAAGCGCGAAUACCACCAUAUGAAGACAGUCAAUGACUCUGCUCCCCCUUCUCCAGCACAUGCUCAACUACCCACCCCAUCACUCUCAUCGUCACCUCUCUCGGCCUCUCCAAGUACUGGAAUAUCCAAGAAGAAAGCCACGAGCGGUGUACACAAGCGCCUUGCCGUCAGAGCCAAGCCGCGCAUUGGUAUUCGUCGACUAUGA